AUGUCUCGUUUCUUUGUUUCGGGCUACACUUCAGAUUCGUCGUCAUCUGAGGAAGAAGAUUUGUUAUCUUCUUCUGAAGAAGAAUUGAUCAGUUCUUCUGAAGAAUUGUCUGAUGACUCUGAAUUUGACAACGAUGAAUCUGACUCAGAUGAUUCUGAUUCCGAUUACGAUGGAAAGCGUCCCUCUGGUCCUGCUUACUUCUUGAAGAAGAGUUUCUUGAAAGGAGGUGCCCAAGAUUCGGACUCUGAUAGUGAUGACGAAGGUAGAAAGGUGGUCAAGUCUGCUAAGGAUAAGUUAUUGGAUGACAUGAAGGAAAGUAUAGAAUCUAUAAACGUAGCCAAGAGAAGUAACACUUGGUCAACCGUUUUAACCGAUUUUGAAAAAUUGGGUCGUUUGCUUGUUAAGUCAAAGCAACAAAACUUUGGUACUCCUAAGUUUUACAUUGUUUGUUUAGGUGGUUUAGAGGAUUAUAUUGAUGCCACCAAUGAGAAUGAAAAAUCUGAAAAGACUUUGAAUGGUGCUGAAGCCAGAGCUUUCAAUACUGUUAGACAAAGAGUCAAGAAGACUAUUAAGGAAUACCAAGUCUAUUAUGAUCAAUUUAGAGAAAACCCAGAAUCAUAUGGAAGUGAUGAACCUAUAGAUAUUCGUGCCAGUGUUCCUGCUACCGAAAGUGAAGAUUUCUCUGGUACUACUAAGGUCUUGAGUCCUGUCUUUGCAUUGUUGAAGCUGAUCAGUGAAACCAGAGGUAAGAAGAAUGUUGAUAAGUUUGAACAAGUUCAACAAUUGGAAGAUGCAUUAUCUGUUGCUUCCAAGGAUCCUAAACCUUUUGAAUUGAUCAGUAUCUACACUAUGUUAUUGUCCAUUAGAUUUGACAUCUCAUUAAAUCAAAACUAUAUGACUCAUGAACAGUGGCAAAAAUAUGCUGAUGAUUUAGAGAAGUUUUUAGAUGUGUUGGAAGGUGCUUCCGAUAAGUACCAACUUACUGAAUUGGCUCGUCCUACUGAUGAUAUUGAUAUUGAACCUGAAGCCAAUGAAAAUGGCGUUAAGCUUCUCUUCGGUUCCAUCACAUCUUUGAUUGAAAGAUUAGAUGAUGAAUUCACAAAAGCUUUACAAAACAUUGACCCCCACUCUACUGAAUAUAUUGAACGUUUGAAGGAUGAGAGUGAAAUCUACAAGUUGAUUGUUAGAGGACAAAUCUAUGUUGAAUCUAUCACUUCUCAAGAAAAGAAGGGAAACUACCAUCAAUUAUCUAGAAUCAUUCUUAGAAGAUUGGAACAUAUUUACUAUAAGCCUGACCAAUUGAUUGUGGCCAAUGAAAAGAAUGCAUGGAAGGAUAUCUCUGCUGAUUCCAUCAUUGCAUCCAAAACUAGUACUCCAUCUGAAUUGGUUGAUGCUUUAAGUGAUCACUUAUUGAAGAACAAGAACAAGGUUUAUGCUCAACAAGCUUUGUUGUAUAGCAUCUACUACUAUUCUGUUAAUGGUGGAUAUGAUGUUGCCAGAGAAUUAUUCCUUAAGUCUCAAGCAUAUGCUGCCAUUCAUUUGGCUGAAUCUUCUGUACAAAUCCAUUAUAAUAGAGCAUUGGUUCAAUUGGGUUUAUCUGCCUUUAGAAAUGGUAACAUUGAAGAAUCACACCAGAUUUUGAAUGAAAUCUCCAACUCUCAAAGGGUUAAGGAAUUGUUAGGCCAAGGGUUCAGCACCAAGUAUCCAUCACAAGCUUCUGUUGUUGAAAAGCAAAGAUUAUUACCCUUCCAUAUGCAUAUAAAUUUGGAAUUGUUAGAGUGUGUUUACAUGACAAGUUCCUUAUUGAUAGAGAUCCCUGCAUUGGCAUUGGCAGCUAUUAACCCCAAAGAUUCUAAGAAGAAGGCAUCUUUGAAAUCAUUUAAGAGUAAAUUGGAAUUCCACGAUAGACAAUAUUUCACUGGUCCACCUGAAUCUAUAAAGGAUCAUAUCAUUUAUGCUUCUAGAGCAUUACAAAAGGGUGAUUGGGCUAAAGCAUAUGAAUUGUUGUCAUCCAUUAAGAUUUGGAAGUUGUUACCUGACAAUGAAAACUUGUUGACUAUGAUGAAAUCGCAAUUGCAAGUUGAAGGGUUAAGAACCUAUAUUUUCACUUACAAGUCUAUCUAUGUUAAGUUGGCAGUAUCUAAGUUAUCUGAAUUAUUUGCUCUUGGCAAUGAGCAAGUUGUUGAAAUUUUGGAGAAGAUGUUUUCAUCUGGUGACGUUUCUGGAGCCAUUGAUGAAUCCAAGCAAUAUGUCAACUUUGUAUCCGAAGAGCCUCAAAGAUCAAGAUUACAAGAGCUUGCUAUAACGAUGAAGGAGAAGGUUGUUAUGUUGAGUGAGAAGAAUGAAAGAACUGCCUCCAAUGGUCAUGCCAGAAAGCAAAACGCUGCUCAGCAACAACAACAGCAACAGCAAAAGGAUCAAAGAGACCAACAACAAGAAGACAAUAAUAGGUUCAGAUACGCUAGCGUUAACACCAACAAUGAUGAAUUCCAAGUGACUGCCUAA